AUGACAAUACCACUCCUUGGGAGAUUAAACAUAUUCGACUGGCCAUUUAUCAUCAUUUCAUUCUCAUUAGCAUGGUUUGAGUUUAUAGUGUCUGCUAUUACUACUCUUCUUCCGAGAAGGUUCAUCAAUGCUUGUACUAUGGUAGUCAAGCAGAUCUUUCGAUUGACAUCAAAUCCGAUCGACUUGAUAACGCAACUGAGACCAAGAGCAGACAGCAUUGAAGACGAAGAAAAAUUUCAUUAUUUAAAAGGCACUGACAUAACAAAGUCAAAAGUCAGCAAGCAAAGCUACGACUUGAUGAUUGAGAUGUUGAAUGCAGAUACAAUUCACGAUAUGGUCAAGUUAUUUGGAUACGAAAUUGAGAGCAGGAUUGUCACCACCAAAGAUUCCUACUUGUUGACCUUGCAUAGGAUUAGGGGUGGCCCCACAGGAAGAGUUCCCAAUGGGAAAGCCGUUUACCUCCAUCAUGGAUUAUUAAUGUGCAGUGAGGUUUGGGUUACGAUGGUUGAAAAAUAUCAAAACUUACCUUUCAUCUUGUACGAUUUGGGCUAUGAUGUUUGGUUGGGUAAUAAUCGUGGUAAUAAAUACAGCCAAAAGCAUUUGUAUUAUGAUGUGCAUUCACUCCAAUUUUGGAAUUUCUCCAUCGAUGAGUUUGCCAUAUUUGACAUACCUAAUCUGAUCGACUAUAUAUUGAAUGAAACCGGUAAAGAGAAGUUAACCUAUAUUGGCUUUAGCCAAGGCAGUGCCCAGGCGUUUGCCAGUGUGUCGGUAAACUCGGAUUUAAACGAUAAAAUUGAUCAGCUUAUUGCAAUAUCACCUGCAACUACCCCGCAUGGACUUCACUCAAAGUUCCUUGAUAUUUUGCUAAAGUCUUCACCAAAUGUCACCUAUUUGUUGUUUAGCAGGAGAGUGCUCAUGCCGUCAUGCAUAUUUUGGCAGAGAAUAAUGUACCCUCCAUUGUUUGACAAGGUGAUUGAUAUCUCAAACUAUAUGUUGUUCAACUGGAAAUCGUUAAAUAUUUCAAAAUUGCAAAAGUUGAGUAGUUAUGCCCAUUUGUAUUCCACCACCAGUGUCAAAUGUGUUGUUCAUUGGUUUCAAGUUAUGAGCUCAAAGAACUUUCAAAUGUAUUUUGACACCACAAUGUCAUCGUCGUUAUCGGGAUUGAACCCUGUUAGCUACCCUUUGAAGAAUAUACAAGUACCAGUCCAUUUAAUUUACGGUACCACCGAUUCCCUUGUCGAUAUUGAUGUCAUGAAGUCGCAGUUGCCGAAAAAGACCACGACAACAUACCCUGUGUAUGACCAUGAACACUUGGAUAACUUGUGGGGACAGGAUGUUUUCGAAUCGGUAUUCAAACGCGUAUUACAAUACUUAGGAGAGGACAUUAACGACGUAUACUCGAGAUUAUUCAGAACUAAUGAAAACGUUAAAUUGAUUGAGGAUAUAUUCCGCCCCGAUAUUGGAUUAAGUGGGAUAACAAUUGAUAAUGAUCUGACUCACUUCGACGGCACAGUUUUGAACAAUACAGGUGGGGCCGGAUCAGAUCAUGAUUAUGAAUUUGAUGUGACUCGGAUUUCCAAUGUGUCCGUAACUGGCCAAUUUUCCUCACUGCCGUCAUCUCAGGGGGCAAAGUUAUCCUAUUUGAAACUAGCUAACAACAGAAGAAAGAGUAGCGCCCCUCAAAGUGAUAAGAAGACGCAAAGUGUAGAUAGUACCAACACUGCAGAUUUCAAAACACCGCAAUCAAUAGGGUCGGCAUCGAUAGACUUUAAUUCAUUAAUUGUGACCCCGGUGAACGAGUCAAUAAUCAAGCCUCAUUCGACACGUUACGGGGAUGACAUCAAAUGGGCAUGUUGUAUGUAUUUUUCGUAUUCCGUCCUGGACGCAGUAUCGAGGGAUGGAUCGCCACACCAUGAAAUUGGUACUAACCUUUCAUUAUAUAGAGAACAUUCCAUGUUAUUGGAGAUUUUCAUCCCAACUGUAUCUUUGGUGAAAAGAGUGAUUCGUCAGAUACCUCGCUCAUUGCCGUAUUAUGGAAACACGGAUGAUCCACACGCCACCGAUGAGACCGACCCUAUAGUCUGUGAAUUGAUGAAAAUACGACCCCACAAGCCCCUGUUUACUAUUUUAUUACAGUUGAAUGAAGAGAGCGUCACUACCUACUCGUCAAAGCUACUGGAAUUGUUGUAUCUUUUGCUAGAGGAAAAGCAAUUGGAUGACAACAUAAGAAUCGAACUUGAAAAGUCUUUGACCCAAUUGAUUUCAUUUAUUCCUUGGGUUAAGCCAGACUUUCCUGAAAAGUUGGAAAUUGAUCACAAUCUAGCCUACAAAAAUAGACAGAGUAUUCCACGGCUGGAAAGCAUUCCUGGAGAAAUUAACCCAACGUACCCUAAUGGAUACUUGUCGAAGAUUUUGAUUGACAAUUUUGAUGCAUUGAUCAAGUUUUCCACCUCGUACUUUAAUUUGACCUUGAGUACCCAAGUGACAAAAUAUGUAGUGGAGUUGAUUUAUCAAUUAUAUUAUUGGGAAGUGGUACAUUUGGCUCAUGUUAAUCCCAAGAUCAUUGAUUUCCUUGAACUAAUAGGAUUUGAAGUAACCCAAACCACGUUUGGCCCUAUCAUCAAACCACCAGUAAACUACCUCAACGAUAACUUGUUGCAAGGAUUGCAGUACCCUUUCCCAUAUCCAUUUUACAACUAUAGUUACCAUUCCUUUGAUUCUAGGGUUGAUCAGCAAAAGUUUGACCGGAUUAAAAUAAAUCCGUAUUUGGAUAUCACUUUAAAAAACGUCGAUGGAGCUUCAAGAAAGAAGAGAAAAGGAAGUAGAAUGUCAGGCAAGAAGUCAAUUAGCGAGGAACCCAAUAAAUUUGGAAAGCAAUUUUCAGAAGGUGCAUCUGAUGGCGGGGCACGUGGUGAUAACCCAGUGAUUCUCGAAAAAGGUUUAGACCAUCAAGCACUCAAUGUGACUCGGGCUAUGAGUGAUAUAGGGAAUUCAUUCGAUGAAGAGAAUGAUUCCUUUCGGAGAAAGAAAACUGUCAAACAUAACCCAGAGGAGCAAACACGCUCAAAAGAAAAGAUGUCGUCUUUAAGAGAUGAUGAUGCAGCUGGAGAUGACAAACAAAGCACCGCUCGUUUGAAUCACAUUCCUACCGAUCCAGCGUCAAAACCAGUAACCUCACACAGUAUCACGACUCCAAAUAUACCUUCUGCACCAACGUCAGCAACACAUCAAGAUCUAAUAUUUCGCUCUCAACACUCGCCGCCAUUUAGAAACCCUGGGUUCUCUCCCGUUUCAUAUCUGCAUUACCCAUUCCAAUCGCUUCCACCGCUCACAAAUCAACAUUCCCAGCAACCACAAAAGCAACCGUGUUCUAAUAGCCCUCAACUUUCUUUUCCACCACGUACACAAUCGACACCCGUUUUGCCCAAGACGGGUAGUCAAAAGUCUCCGGCACUAGGCCAGCAAGACCACCCAAGAGAGCUUCCCCAUAUCUCGCCAAUAUCAAACUAUCUAUCAUCUCAAAGCAAUGUUUUGCCCUCCAUCUCAAAGCUCACUGAUCAACAGGAACACGCAUUGUCAGAUCGACGUGCAAAACUGGGUCCUGUUGUCAGCUCAUCGUAUAAGGGUACUGGAUUGGGGAUAACUGCACCUCCAGCUAGUGUCCAACCUCUGUCACAAUAUCAAUCACAGCCAGAUGCAUCCAAUCAAAAUAAGUUGCACCUGGUUACUGAUACCAGCUACAAAAAAGCACUGGAUGAUAUACAGUAUACAAAGAAUUCACCAAAGGAACUACCUUUCCAAACAAUUCAAGUCGGCGAAGGACUGCAUUUAGGUGAUCUUCGGGUUGAUCUUGGUGAUCCAAACUUUUUGCUCACUGAAAAGAAUAAGCGGGUUCCACGUCAUGGCGUCAUUCACCAAUGCCAUUUAACUGAUCCUAAUACCAAUGCUUCAUGCCUCAAAAUCUUUUAUGGAAAGAAUGAGUUAUUGAGACACCAGGAAUUUGUCCAUGCUACAAAAAAGAGAAUUUACAAAUGCUUGUACUGUGAUCGCAGUGGCGCUAGAGUGCAGAGUUAUCCACGUCACGACUCGCUAGCGAGACACAUUAGAAGAAAGCAUGGUAUAACUGGAAAGGAAAACAAAAUGGCAGUUAAUUAUGCUAAAGAGAAUGUUAUAAUUGUUGAUGACGCAGAAGCAGCAAAUAUUGAGUACGCACCAGAAGAACCUUUUACUAAACCACAGGUGAAUGAACCUCCUGUUCCAUCAGAUUCACGUUCACCAGAUUUACAUGAUGAUGAUUCCCAAGCUUACGAAAAAUUCAAAGAAGAGGUGUUGCGAGAGAAAAAAGAACGCAGAAGAAGCUCUUUUGGUGGUCAAAGCAUUGCAUUGCACCCUGCAAGUCAAAUACCUAUAUCAUUGCCUCCACAGACAGUACUUUCCCAAGCUUCACCAACUUAUAACCAACAACCAUUGUCAAUGCCACCUCCACCUCCAAGAACUCAGAGUCAGUCACUAGGUCAACAACAAAAACUUCCUGAGCCUUCAUCAUCAACAUACCAUCGUGACCUGGCUUCAAUUGCGCCUCUAUCGAAGAAACGUUCGGAAAACUUUGGUGACUUGCCUCAUUUACAAAAUUUCAGCUCAAAGGAUGCAAACAAUCGUCUGUUUUCCAUAUACAUGGGUCCAAAUUCCAUUUCUUCCAACUCCAACAAAUCUAGUGUGAGCAAAGCUCAAAAUUCGCCCUCUUUACCAGCACCACUGAAUCGUUCUUUACCCCAAGCUGAACCACUGCAGCAGAAUCAGUACAGCAUUCAGUCACUACCUCAGAUAAGUAGUGAUCCACCAAGGACCAAUGUCAAGCUUCCUCUGAUACACGAUAUUGAUAAUGAAAUAGGACACAUAUAUCGAGGGUGA